AUGGACCGAAUCAAAGCGGCCACAGGCCAAAUGAGUGCACGCGAGCUACAGGAGCUCGUUCUCGCCAUGUGCGAGAACAGCCCUCACAAUCGCAUCCUGGUCACCAACACUAUCAACGCCAUAGACCGAAAGAACCAGCCCACCCUCGCCGCCCAGCCCUCCUACUACGUCCAUCCGUUCCUCUACGUCCAGCACCCUCUUCCUUCUUCACCUCCUCACCACCCCCGCCACCAGCAGCAGCUGCAGCAACACCCGCAGCAGCAGGGACAGCGACAGCAGCAGGGGCAGCAACAGAACCAGCAGAACCUGCAACAGCCGCAGCAGCAACAGGGCACCCGAGGAGCCGCCCGAGGCGCUACGAACCAGCAUGGAGACUCAUUCUGCCAAAAAUGCCACAGCGGCUAUUUCAAGGGGGCGAACAAUCCCAACGCGUGCCACUACCACCCAGGAAACCCGCUCCUGGACAGCAACUCGCCAAUCUGGGGCCUUAUGAACAUUUCGAAGGACGCCAACACGACGGAAUACCGACGCCGCUACCCGGACGGCUUCACGUGGGGAUGCUGCGGCCUGAGUAUGCUCUUCCUCCCAGGCUCGCGAAGCGCGGCGCACGUACCUGUCGGCCCUGCGGCUGGCGAGGAGGAGAACUUGGCCUGA